UUUUUUGCACAAUAAACAAAUGUUUGUUUUUUUAUAUUUUAUUUACGAGACUGUUUUGCAUAACUUGAAAAAUAUACAUUUAAAGUAGAUACAUGACAAGAUAAGAUUUAUUUGAUGUUGUUCCUCCACCAAUAGUCCAAAAAGUAAACUACGGCAUGCUAAUCGUGUCAGUCUCGUCUGUUUGGUCUAUGGAAAGCUCGGAUUUCAGGGAGUCAUUGAAAGCACCAUGCCACUGCUCCCGGAUAGGAGAAGCUAGCAGCAGAAGCAGUGGUGAGCAGGCCCAGAGACACUCCUGAAAAACGAACAGAUAGAAGCCUAAAACCACUGUAACAGAAACAACAAAGAAAAUGAGAGCAGCUGUCACUGCCGCAGUGCUACUCUUCACCGUUGGCAACAUUUCCGCCUCUUCAGAGUGCGGCCAUCACUUCCUGUCAUCGGUGAUUGACCCGCAGAAAGCUGAGCAGAGCCAAAGACAUCACCUGGAGGCGCUGUUCCAGAGGUAUGGGGAAAACGGCACCAUCUCUCUGGCCGGGUUGCACCGCCUCCUGAAAAGCGUCGGGCUCGAUCGCAUCCGGAGCGUCAUGGUCCAACACCGUGAGGUCCCGGGCCACCACGACCAUGAAAAGCACCACCAUCAUCACCAUGACAACGAAAAACAUCACCAUCAUCACCAUGACAACGAUUCUCAUGAGAAGCACAAUCACGAGGGUCAUCAGCAAUCCAGCAAGUCCUCGGAAAUCUCUGACAUCAAACCCACAGAGGCUGGAGCUAGAACCUUGCAGGGACACAGCGCCCGGGAGAAACGCCACGAACCACAGCUCCCUGCUGCAGAGCAAACUGUGGCUGUCACCACCGUCUCACUGGUGACGGAGGGAGGUGCAUCGACUGUUACAGGCACCAGGAGUGAUGUUCACACCCAUGAGCGGGUUCAUACCCAUAAGCAUGAGAACGAUCACGACAAUCACCAUGAUCACCACGAUCAUGGCAAUCACCAUGAUCAUGAUCACGAUCACAACCAUGAUCAGGAUCACAACCACGAUCACAGGCACAGGAGCCAGGAACAUCUCCACAACGGCAGCACGGAUAGCACAGAGUGCCUGAACGCCUCCAGCAUCCUCUCCUACCACGGGAUGUCCCUAGAAGUGGGUGUAACUCUUGGGGACUUCAGUUACCUUUGUCCUGCCCUCCUCAACCAGAUGGACAGUGGAGCCUGCAUCUGGCACAAAGAUGACCCCCGACAUGAAAACCAAGACCAUCAACAUCACAAACAUGCACAUGGUCACCAUGGAAACCAUAACCAGUCCGACCAAAGCCAUGAGCGUACAGGAGGAGACAACGUGAAAAACAUCACUAUUGCGUGGACCGGCGGCUUCAUCUCCAUCACCAUCAUCAGCCUGCUGUCUCUGCUUGGCGUGGUCCUAAUCCCUCUCAUGAACAGAGUCUUCUUCAAGUUCCUGCUCAGCUUCCUGGUGGCGCUGGCUGUGGGCACGCUGAGCGGUGACGCCUUCCUGCACCUCAUCCCCCACUCUCAGGCAGGACACUCUCACCACCACCAGGAGGUGGGUUUGAACACGGAACACCCCCAUCACCUCCAUGAGGAGGAGGAGGAGGAGAACCUGGACGGAGUGUGGAAGGGCCUGACCGCUCUGGGAGGAGUCUAUGUCAUGUUUCUCAUCGAACACUUCCUCACGCUGGGAAAAAUGUACAAAGAGAAGAAGCAGAAGGUCCAGAAGAAGUGGGAUCAGAGCGACAAAUCGGAUCCAGAGAAGCAGCCGGCUCUGGAGACCGACCUGAAGCCAAGUGAAGACGUGGAAUCAAACGGCGCCGGCACUUUUGGCGAACACUCAAGUGGCCUGCACAGCGUUAGCGGCGUGUCAGAGGAGGAGCAGGUGAUGCUGGCGCCGCAGGUUUCCGUGGUCUCGCCGCAGAGUUACACCCGGUCUGGCGGCGCCGCCGCCGCUUACACGGCGGAGGACUGCGAGAACAAGUGCCACUCCCACUUCCAUGACACGGUGGGCCAGGCCGACAGCAUGCACCACCACCACCACGACUACCACCACAUCCUGCACCACCACCACUCCCAGAACCACCACCCGCACAGCCACUCCCACUCCUACUCCGAGCAGCACUUCCAGAAGGCGGGCGUGGCCACGCUGGCCUGGAUGGUCAUCAUGGGGGACGGGCUUCAUAACUUCAGCGACGGCCUCGCCAUCGGUGCUGCCUUCACUGAGGGUCUGUCCAGCGGCCUCAGCACCUCCGUGGCUGUUUUCUGUCACGAGCUGCCGCAUGAGCUGGGUGACUUUGCUGUUCUUCUAAAGGCUGGCAUGACGGUGCGUCAGGCUAUUCUUUACAACAUGCUGUCGGCCAUGAUGGCCUAUCUGGGCAUGGUCACCGGCAUCGUGAUCGGACACUACGCAGAGAACAUCUGCAUGUGGAUCUUUGCCCUGACGGCCGGCCUCUUCAUGUACGUGGCGCUGGUGGACAUGGUCCCUGAGAUGCUGCACAACGACGCCAGCGACCACGGCUUCAGCCACUGGGGCUUCUUCCUGCUGCAGAACGCCGGCAUCCUGCUGGGCUUCUGCAUCAUGCUGCUCAUUGCUGUGUUUGAACACAGGAUCCAGCUGGACCUGGGAGACUGAGGGAGCGCCGGUCUGCGUCUGCAUGCAUUCCAGUGUCUGUGUUUGGUGUGUUUCAUCUCUGAAGGGACUGAGGGGGGAGGAAGUGGGGCAGCUGAUGGAAGCAUGUUACAUGUGGGGACCAGAGGCUGCUGCUUGAUCUCAGUUAGAAAAGUUUAGGUUAGAAAAGGUUUUAGUUGAGAGGUUUAGACUGCUGCAAAUAGAAAAACUGCUUCAAAUUUACAUUUUUUAUUUUUAUUUCAGCUGACGUUUUCAGUUUAGAAGAGCUGUUGUAGAGGAUCAUUUCAGAAUCCAUUCCAGCUGACACAAAAAUGAAGUAUUUAGUUCACGAAAUGAAGAUUUUUUUGAUGUUUUUUUUUAUUUCAGAGAGGUUUCCCAAUAUUUCCAUGCUGUUUGAAUGCUUGAACGACAUAAAUCUCUGCUGGAGGUUCAGAAGUAUUUAUAUCCAAACGUCCAUCUUUUGCCUGAAACAAUCUAUUCAAAUGGUUCUCUUUUCCCAGUUUUACCUCAAAAAUGAACAGGAAUGUUCAUCCAAACGUUACAGGCCUCGUGUUUUCCUGAAACGAUUCUUGGUUUCCUGCCUGCAGACAUGCUUUUACUCUGAAAGUUGUUUGUUUCCUGCUAAAGUUGGUUUAAAUGUUUUCGUUCGGGUCUGUUGAUGCAAACGUAUUUCUUUCAAUAUGAGAAGCAAAGACUUCACAGGUCACUUCACUAUGAUGGAAAUGGGUUUUAAGUGUAAAAAUGUUUCACCUGUUAGGAGAAAACAGCUGAAACGUGCACUAAGACAAAUCAUUUUGUUUAUUUUUGAGUGUAAUGAGUUUAAAUGUGAACUUUCCAAACUGAACAAUCACAUCUGCUGCUGUCAUUUAUCAACUCUGCAGCUUCUCUGUUUCAUGAGGAUCAAUCAUCACUGAUGUCUUUACUGUGAGUUUCAGUGUUAGAGCAGCUGUUGGGAGUGGAGGUUCUCCACCGACUGAAGCUUUGUGUCUGUUACGUGUUCAAACUGUGGAGCCGCCAUGACGUCCAAUCAUCUUUGUGUCUCUGUGCUGUUUCGUCAUGACGUCUGCUGUUUCUGUGCUGCUAAAGAGAAGAAACUUUUUCAUGUCUGACUCCAAACGAGUUCAUUAAAGAGAAGUUCAUGGA